CGAGACCACUUCGCACAACACCCCCCUCACCCGCCAACAUGUGAGAGCAGAAGCCGCACUGCUCGCUGUGUGUGAGAGAGUGUGUGUGUGUGUGUGUGUGGUUCCUUCCUGGCACCACCGUGUCACUCGCUCUCCGCCGGUUCCCUCCACCCCCCCCUGGUAGCCCGCAAAGGUGGUACGCUCCGUGCUGGAAGAAUCAUGGCGAUAGAUGGAGGAGAGAGAACUUGUGGAGUCCAUGAACUAAUCUGCAUUAGAAAAGUGUCUCCAGAGGCUAUUGGGUUUCUUUCAGCGGUCGGUGUGUCCAUUGUUCUCCUCUUAUUACUUUUUCUCUACAUUAACAAGAAAAUGUGUCUUGGGAAAACUGGAGGUUUCCAAAGAGGUGGUUCUGAAUUUGGUGCAAAGAAUCAUCAAGGCAGAGACCUCCACGGUUCAUCGUCAGAAAGUGAAGAUGAAGGCCUGGGAAAGUACCACGAGGCACGGAGUCGUCUGCAUGGGUCCAGACCUGCCUCAGAUAAGCAGCAGAAUUAUAUGUGGGAAACAAGACAGAAAUACAGCCCCCUGUCUGCAGAGUAUGAUGGGUACAGCAGCGAAGUCUCUGCAGAUGAAGCUAAUAGCAUCCAGAGAAUGAGAAGGACACCGCCACUUGAUGAGCUGCAGCCCCCACCUUACCAAGACGACUCCGGGUCACCUCGCCUUUCAUGUACGCCCUCUGAAAUUGGCGACAGUAAAUGUCAACUUUCCCACUGUAGCAAUAGCCCCCGAUACUCCUAUAAUAAGUGCCCCAGUGAGGGAAGUAUGGGGCAAGAAAUAGAGAGCUUCCAGAACAAAGGGUACGAGGAGGACGUCCCGAGUGAUAGCACUGCUGUUCUCAGCCCAGAGGAUUUGUCAGCCAGAGGAUCAUCUUCACAGCUUCCUAAAUCUUUUGAUCCGGAGCCAGUAGCUAAAUACGGCACAUUAGAUGUAACUUUUGACUAUGAUUCACAAGAGCAAAAACUUCUUGUUACAGUGACAGCUGUCAGCGACCUGCCCACACACAACAGGACUGGGAAUAGUAACUCCUGGCAGGUCCAUCUUGUUCUGCUACCUAUGAAGAAGCAGAGAGCCAAGACAAGCAUCCAGAAGGGACCUUGCCCAAUGUUCACAGAGACCUUCAAGUUUAAUCAUAUAGAAUCGGAAAUGAUUGCAAAUUAUGCCGUGCGCUUCAGACUAUACCUAGUACGUCGUAUGAAAAAAGAAAGGAUUGUUGGGGAAAAGGUUUUUUACUUAACAAAGCUGAAUCUCCAAGGAAAGCUAUCGCUCCCGGUGGUACUGGAACCUGCGUACAGUCUCUCGGGCUGUGAUUCCCAGAUGAGCAUGUCGGAAGUGUCAUGCUCGGAAAGCACUUCCUCUUGUCAGUCAUUGGUCCACGGAUCAGCUCCUGAGAUCCUCAUCGGCCUUCUUUAUAAUGCCACCACUGGCAGACUUUCCACGGAGGUGAUAAAGGGUAGCCACUUCAAGAACCUGUCAGUCAACAGACCUCCCAACGGACUGUUCUGUUGUCUAAAACACUUGAUAGGUGGACAGGUUUAUAUAAUUCGAGAUACCUAUGUAAAGAUAACUCUGCUGAAUUCCAUGGGUCAGGAAAUGUCAAAAUGUAAGACGUCCAUCCGGCGAGGCCAGCCCAACCCCCUUUACAAGGAGACCUUUAUUUUCCAAGUGGCAUUGUUUCAGCUGUCUGAUGUGACUCUCAUAUUGUCCGUGUAUAACAAGCGCAGCAUGAAGCGCAAAGAGAUGAUAGGCUGGAUAUCCCUAGGUCUGAACAGCUCAGGCGAUGAAGAGCUUAAUCAUUGGACUGAAAUGAAAGAGUCGAAAGGACAGCAAGUAUGUAGAUGGCAUACGCUGCUGGAAUCGUAAUUGCCAUCAGCAGGUCUCUUGUGACUCCAGAGAGCUCAUCUGCUCUUUGAAAGGACAGGAUGUAAUUUAGCCACCUGCAUAAGAUUGCAGCUUGCAGGUAAUGGGUUUGACAUGCUGUGGAGUGCUCAGCACACACCAGGAAUGGGCCGUGCUGCAGCCUGUAUUCCUGUGCCUCUGAACAGAGCCGGGCAUAGGACGUAAGCCACAUCAGACUGUGUUUCUAGAUAAUGUUAUGACCACUUCUUUAGGUGCUUUUCCUAUUUUGUCUGAUUAUACAGUUUUGUACAACGUUCUCACUGAUUAACCGGAUGCUUUCUGGUUUGGUCAUAGAGCAGAGAAGAGGAAGGAGUUUUAUCCGUACACAUAGACACCGGCAUCUCUGUUUUAUCUAUUUGUCUUUUAUUUCUAUGACGUAAUCAUUCUUUAGAGCAUCACACAUGAUACUCAUUUUUCGUGCUGGCUAUUUAUCCUGGGAAAUGUAGUUUAGCAAUAAGUGGUGGCAGAGGGGUUGGCUUUACUGUCUCCCAGGGAUGGGGCUUCGGGUUUGAAUCCUAUAUUGAUUUCUUCAUUUUUUUAAAUGUAUUCCCUAUGUUGGUAUAGCUUUCCUGUGGGUGCUCUGGUGUCUUCCCAGAGCCCGAAAGUGCUGUAUGGGUAGGAUAACUGGUCCUGUCUAAGUAUACUUGUGUUCCAGUGAUAGGAAUAUUUGAUUGUAAGCUUUAUUGGGGCUGAUGUGCCUAAAGAUAUUUCUCUGAUUGUACAGUGCUGCAGAAUGUUGGUGCUAUAUAAAUGAAGAGUAAUAGACGGAAUGGCAAGGUGGUCCAUCCCUGUUCUCUACAUUGUAGUCAAAUUUAUAAGCCUUGUCUUAAGUUUUCUGUAUUGUCAGCCAAUAAUCAAAGAAAUCAGAGAAAUGAAAUGUACUUAAGUUACCACUGUGUAAUUCUGAUUACUCAGAAUUCCUUCAAUGCUGAAUAUCACCAACAGUGGCUGUAGUGCUUAGUACUGUUCACAUUGGGUGCUAAGAUAGGAAUUAUUCAUAAUGGCUCCUGUACUAGGCUUAAUUCAGUACUUUAGUGAGACUCACCCACAUUGGGCCCUGUGCUAGGGGAUAUUAACAAGAGCGCCUAAGUAUCACUCAUGUUGGCUCUUCUGCUGAGUAUCCCUCAUGUUGGCUCUUCUGCUGAGUAUGAUUAGUGUUGGCUCUUGUGUUGACUAUCCCUCAUGUUGGCUCUUGCGUUGAGUAUCCCUUCUGUUUUGGUUCUUUCGCUGAGUAUCCCUUAUGUUGGCUCUUGUUCUGAGUAUCCGUCAUGUUGGCUCUUGUGCUGAGUAUCCCACAUGUUGGCUCUAUGUUAAGUAUCCCUCAUGUUGACCCUUGUGCUGAGUAUCCCUCAUGUUGGCUCUGUGCUGAGUAUCCCACAUGUUGGCUUUGUGCUGAGUAUCCCUCAUGUUGGCUUUGUGCUGAGUAUCCCUCAUGUUGGCUCUUGUGCUGAGUAUCCCACAUGUUGGCUCUUGUGCUGAGUAAACCUCAUGUUGGCUCUUGUGCUGAGUAAACCUCAUGUUGGCUCUUGUGCUGAGUAUCCCUUAUGUUGUCUCUUUUGCUGAGUAUCCCUCAUGUUGGCUCUUGUGCUGAGUAUCCCUCAUGUUGGCUCUUGUGCUGAGUUUCCCUCAUGUUGGCUCUUGUGCUGAGUAUCCCUUAUGUUGGCUCUUUUGCUGAGUAUCCUCAUGUUGGCUCUUUUGCUGAGUAUCCUCAUGUUGGCUCUUGUGCUGAGCAUCUCUCAUGUUGGCUCUUGUACUGAGUAUCCCUUAUGUUGGUUCUUUUGCUGAGUAUCCCUCAUGUUGGCUCUUUUGCGGAGUAUCCUCAUGUUGGCUCUUGUGCUGAGUAUCCCUCAUGUUGGCUCUUGUGCUGAGUAUCCCUUAUGUUGGCUCUUGUGCUGAGUAUCCCUUAUCUUGGCUCUUGUGCUGAGUAUCCCUUAUGUUGGCUCUUGUGCUGAGUAUCCCUUAUCUUGGCUCUUUUGCUGAGUAUCCUCAUGUUGGCUUUGUGCUAAAUAUUGCUCAUUUUUAUGGAAAGCAGGAAGUAAAUUUGAAUAGCGCUCCCAUAAUAUAAAAAAUGAAAAAUUAGGAUACCUAUGUUAACUAAAGUUUGGAAAAGCCAUAUACCCCGCUCUAUACUUCCUACUGGAAGGACAAGAAAGUAAUGGUUGUAAAACCUAUCUCCACCUAUCCUGUUACGAUGUAUAUAUCAGGAAUCUGAAUAAUGAGCUAAAAAGUUUAAGAAGUAUAAAAAUACAGUAUGAGAAAAGUUACAAGCUGCUCCAUAUUCAUACUACAUAUUUCAUCUUAAAAUAAGGCAAUCAUAAAGCAUAAAUGACACAAUAAUGAAGCUGCCUGUAGCUUCUGAUCAGUGAAGAGCCCAUAUCUGCCAUAUAGAGCACUGACCACAGAUAUUGUGAUGUCACAGUUUACAGUUCACAGACGGAACUAACCAUAGGCUUCAUUAAUUUCAGGCAGGAGAAACCCUUGUUUCUUAGGACACCCUUAGGGAUCAAUUCAAUUAGUGGCAAAGGGGGCGAGUUCCAUAAAAACCAGCAACGCCAGCAGAACUCGACCUCCCUCGUGGACCGAUCUCACUCCGGACUUGCUGAUUUUUGUAUGCACCCCUAUGGGUCUGUGAACAAAAAGCUGCAAAUCUAGCUGUACCGUAAGUGUGGCAAAUAGAAUUACUUACUCACGGGAGUGAGAUCAUCGCUCCUAAUUGAAUUGACCCAUGACAGUGUAAUCAAUAAAUAACUUUUGGUUUUGUUUUGCUUUGUUUUGUUUUUUAGGUAUGGAGAGGUUUUCUUGUUUAAAAAAAUAAAAAACUUUUUUUUGCUGUAAAAUCUUGAUACUUUUGUUGUAGGUUUAGACGUCAAAUUACAAGAUUGCAGCUAUUCUCAUCAGAUAACAUACUGUAUGAGAGUGUAAAGCACAACAUAAAAACCAAAAAAACUGAAUAAAACAGAAUAUUGCCUCAAUAAAAGAAAUAAAGUGUACUUGUUGCCUCCAUACAAUUGUGUAGGCUGAAGCAAUAUUCACAAGACUAUAACUUAGAAAUUCAGUAGGGACCAGUGACAUAAGUGAGUGUACAGUGGAGGCAGCUGCUUCGUGCCUCAUGCCUCAGUAUUGUCACAAGUUGCUUGUGAAUUUGAUAGACUGCAUUCUCAUGAAUAUUAAUACAGCCCACAA